UGUGCGCCAGGCGGAUGUCCGGGUCGGCUGGGCCGGGGCCGCGGACGAGAUGGCGGAAGGCGGAGGCUGCGGUGAGCGACCCGAUGCGGAGACCCAGAAAUCCGAACUUAGGGCCUUGAUGAGGACCACGCUCCAGCGAGGGGCUCAGUGGUAUCUUAUUGACAGCCGGUGGUUCAAACAGUGGAAGAAGUAUGUGGGCUUCGACAGCUGGGAUAUGUACAACGUGGGUGAGCACAACCUGUUUCCUGGUCCGAUAGAUAACUCCGGACUCUUCUCAGAUCCCGAGAGUCAGACCUUGAAAGAACACUUAAUUGAUGAGUUGGACUACGUACUGGUCCCAGCCGAGGCCUGGAACAAGCUGCUGAACUGGUACGGCUGUGUGGAAGGCCAGCAGCCCAUCGUCAGGAAGGUUGUGGAGCACGGCCUGUUCGUCAAGCACUGCAAGGUGGAGGUGUAUUUACUGGAACUGAAGCUCUGUGAGAACAGCGAUCCCACCAAUGUGCUGAGUUGCCAUUUCAGCAAGGCGGAUACCAUCGCGACCAUCGAGAAGAAGAUGCGGAAGCUCUUCAACAUCCCUGCGGAGCGUGAAACGCGGCUGUGGAACAAGUACAUGAACAAUUCCUACGAGCAGCUGAGCAAGCUAGACAACACUGUCCAGGAUGCGGGGCUGUACCAGGGUCAGGUGCUAGUGAUUGAGCCUCAAAAUGAAGAUGGCACAUGGCCGAGGCAGACCCUGCAGUCAAAAUCAAGCACUGUGCCUAGCAGAAAUUUCACUACCUCUCCAAAACCGUCAGCAAGUCCCUAUUGCUCAGCGUCUGCCUCUCCCAUUGCAAACGGUGGCGGCAGCAGCACCUCCGGGAUGCACAGCUCCGGUGGCAGCAGGGGUGGAUCUGGCUUCUCUGCUUCAUAUAAUUGUCAGGAGCCUCCGUCCUCUCACGCACAACCUGGGGUCUGUGGCCUUGGAAACCUGGGGAACACCUGCUUCAUGAACUCGGCUCUGCAGUGCUUGAGCAAUACAGCGCCACUGACGGACUACUUUCUCAGAGAUGAGUACGAGGCCGAAAUCAACAGAGACAACCCCCUGGGGAUGAAGGGGGAAAUCGCAGAGGCCUACGCGGAGCUCAUUAAGCAGAUGUGGUCGGGAAGGGAUGCUUACGUGGCACCUCGCAUGUUCAAAACCCAAGUGGGACGGUUUGCCCCCCAGUUUUCUGGCUACCAGCAGCAAGACUCUCAGGAGCUGCUAGCCUUUCUUCUAGACGGACUGCACGAAGAUCUGAACCGUGUGAAGAAGAAGCCCUACCUGGAGCUGAAGGACGCCAGUGGGCGGCCAGAUGCGGUGGUUGCAAAAGAAGCCUGGGAGAACCAUCGGUUGAGGAAUGACUCUGUGAUUGUGGAUACAUUUCAUGGUCUCUUCAAAUCUACUUUGGUUUGCCCAGAAUGUGCUAAGGUUUCUGUGACCUUUGACCCAUUUUGCUAUCUAACUCUUCCACUGCCCUUGAAGAGAGAUCGAGUUAUGGAGGUCUUCCUGGUCCCUGCUGACCCUCACCACAGGCCUACUCAGUACCGCGUGACCGUGCCGCUGAUGGGGGCCGUGUCUGACCUGUGCGAGGCUCUCUCCAGGCUGUCUGGCAUCGCUGCGGAAAACAUGGUGGUCACAGAUGUGUAUAAUCACCGGUUCCACAAAAUUUUCCAAAUGGAUGAAGGUUUAAACCACAUCAUGCCUCGGGAUGACAUUUUUGUGUACGAGGUCUGCAGCGCCUCCGCGGACGGCUCGGAUUGUCUCCUGCUUUCCGUCUACUUCAGGGAGAGGAGGUCCCGGCCAUCGAGCACUUCUGCCGGGGCGGUGCUUUAUGGGCAGCCACUGCUGAUGUCUGUCCCCAAGCACGGGCUGACCCGCCAGUCUCUAUACCAAGCCGUUUGUGAGCGUAUCAGCCGUUACAUAAAACAGCCGUUGCCUGCGGAGUGUGGCAGCUCGCCCUCGGGGCCUGGGGCCUGCAGCGACUCCAGAGGCGGCUGUGAAGGAGACGAUGAAGAGGAGAUGGAGCACUUGGAGGAAGGCAAGGAGCAGCUUUCGGAAACCAAAGGCGUCUGGGAGGAGGAGCCGGGAAGUGACCCUGGGGAGACCACGCGGAAGGUCAAAGGGCAGUCCUGCCCCAAACGGCUUUUCAGCCUCAACGCUGUGAACUCCUAUGGAACGGCCGACAUAAAUGCACUCGAAACAGAUGAAGAGUUACUUAAACUCAACUCUGGAUCCACCCUGGCCAUGAACUGGGACUCUGAGGCCCGGAGCCUCUACUAUGAUGAACAAGAAUCUGAGGCCUUCGAGAAGCACGCGAGCGUGCUGCAGCCGCAGAAGAAGAAGAAGACUGCCAUGGCCCUGAGAGACUGCAUCGAGCUCUUCACCACCAUGGAGACGCUCGGGGAGUACGACCCCUGGUACUGUCCCAACUGUAAGAAGCAUCAGCAGGCCACCAAGAAGUUUGACCUGUGGGCCUUGCCGAAGAUCCUGGUGGUCCAUCUCAAACGUUUCUCCUACAGUAGGUACUGGAGGGAUAAGCUCGACACAGUGGUGGAGUUCCCAAUCAGAGGUCUGAACAUGUCCGAGUUUGUCUGUGACCCUUCAGCAAGGCCUUACGUGUAUGACCUCAUUGCCGUGUCCAAUCAUUACGGAGCCAUGGGGGUCGGUCACUACACCGCAUACGCGAAGAACAAACUGAACAGGAAGUGGUAUUACUUUGAUGACAGCAAUGUGUCCCUGGCCUCUGAGGAUCAGAUAGUGACAAAAGCAGCUUAUGUGCUAUUUUACCAGCGUCGAGAUGAUGAGUUUUAUAAGCCGCCUUCACUCACCAGUUUUCCCGGGUCCUCUGAUGGAGGGAUGGGACCAAGCAGCUCCCAGCAGGGCCUGGGGGACGAGGAGGCUUGCAGCAUGGACACCAACUGAGGCCGCCUCCACCACCUGCCACCCUCAGCACCAGUGUGGUCCCCAGGAGAACCUCUGACCCUCUGAAGACUACUAGUGUUUGGUCUAAAAACCAGAUCAGGAAAUUCCCUUCUUUUAUGAGCAGAAGAAAAAAAAAGACCCUUGUUUGUUCAGAAGAGUUAUGUCAAGAG